UGUUGGUCUGACAGUCGAAGCUGGAUCCGAACCGGGGAAGUACAGUUUUUUUCGCGCAGGUUUUUGCUGUGUCUGAUUGUACAGUGAUAGCGGAGUUCCGGUGAGAUUAUUUAGUGGUUAAAAAUGCUAUCGUUUUGCGGAGGUCGCGGUUUUCUGCAGUCAAAUUAUUGAAAACAGAUGCAGUUUUUUUGUCUUAACAAUACAAUUAUGUGUUUUAUAUUAUUUUGAGCUAUGGAUGACUCACCAAAGCUAAUAAAAUUUAUAUAACAGUUUUUUUGUUAAUAAUGUGGAUCACUUGAUUGAAUUACCUGGACUAAAAAACGUAAACGUACUUCAGCCUACAAGAAAAAAAUGCUGACCUUCCACUAUGAACUAGCAGUUUUGUUGUUAUGGUUACUCUACGGCUUAUCUAGAACCAUGCUGAACGAAGAACAUUCGUUUCGUAGGAAUGGCUUUGUAACAUCAUGCCAGCCUUCCACGAGUGUUGUGGAUCAGACAGCCGAUGGAAUCACGCUCUGUUUUGCACAGCAGCAAUGGGAUUCCAGUUUUAGCGAGUAUAAGCCCUGUGAAAGUCUACGAGCAGCACUCCAAUGCAGUGUGGACUUAGUUCAACACUUGAAAACUUGCUUCCCGGAAAGCGCAACGCUAAUAAUACUCUCAAAUACUCUGGCAGUAGUGGAAAACUCAACAUGCAGUGGAGCAAGGAACAACUCUACAAAUCUAAUGAAACUAACGCAAAACUGGACGUGUAAGUUCCGACCGAACUUCAUAUUUCAACAAUGUUUGUCGAAAAUAUCACAGAUAAAGAGUACCGACUCGGGUCGUUUCACUUUCGCUGAGUGCCAUGACAUCCAAUCAUCAAGAGACUGUUUCAAUCACUACGCGCUCAAUUGUAAAGCAUCUUCCAUCGUUGGCUGGCUGAAGUUUGUCUAUCGAACCAUAAUCGCGGGCACCCCUUGUGACAUGCCGGAAAAUAUUAAUGAGAAAUAAAAUGUUUCAAUAUCUAAAGCGGCCGUAAGUCAUGGUAAACCGCAACAAAAUUGAGCUCUAAAAACUAAA